UGCCCAAAGCUAACCUGUGAGAGGGAAGGCUGCCAGACUGAGUUCUGCUACCACUGCAAGCAGAUAUGGCAUCCAAAUCAGACCUGCGAUAUGGCCCGUCAGCAGAGGGCACAGACACUGCGAGUUCGGACCAAACAUACUUCAGGUCUCAGUUAUGGACAAGAAUCUGGACCAGCAGAUGACAUCAAGCCAUGCCCACGGUGCAGUGCUUAUAUUAUCAAGAUGAAUGAUGGAAGCUGUAAUCACAUGACAUGUGCAGUGUGUGGCUGUGAAUUCUGCUGGCUUUGUAUGAAAGAGAUUUCAGACUUGCAUUACCUCAGUCCCUCUGGCUGUACGUUCUGGGGCAAGAAGCCCUGGAGCCGGAAGAAGAAAAUUCUUUGGCAGCUGGGCACAUUGAUUGGUGCUCCUGUAGGGAUUUCUCUCAUCGCUGGUAUUGCCAUUCCUGCCAUGGUCAUUGGCAUCCCUGUUUACGUCGGAAGGAAGAUUCACAGCAGGUAUGAGGGCAGGAAAACCUCCAAACACAAGAGGAAUUUGGCCAUCACAGGAGGAGUGACUUUGUCGGUCAUUGCAUCCCCAGUAAUUGCUGCUGUUAGUGUUGGAAUCGGUGUCCCCAUUAUGCUGGCCUAUGUCUAUGGGGUUGUGCCCAUUUCUCUGUGUCGGGGAGGUGGCUGUGGAGUUAGCACAGCCAAUGGAAAGGGAGUGAAAAUUGAGUUUGAUGAAGAUGAUGGUCCAAUCACAGUAGCAGAUGCCUGGCGAGCUCUCAAGAAUCCCAGCAUCGGGGAAAGCAGCAUCGAAGGCCUGACUAGUGUGCUAAGCACCAGUGGAAGCCCUACAGAUGGACUCAGUGUUAUGCAAGGCCCUUACAGUGAAACAGCCAGCUUUGCAGCCCUUUCAGGGGGCACGCUUAGUGGUGGCAUUCUCUCCAGUGGCAAGGGAAAAUAUAGCAGGUUAGAAGUCCAAGCCGAUGUCCAAAAGGAAAUAUUCCCCAAAGACACAGCCAGUCUUGGUGCAAUUAGUGACAACGCAAGCACACGAGCUAUGGCCGGUUCCAUAAUCAGUUCCUACAACCCACAGGACAGAGAAUGCAACAAUAUGGAAAUCCAAGUGGACAUUGAAGCCAAGCCAAGCCACUACCAGCUGGUGAGUGGAAGCAGUACGGAGGACUCACUCCAUGUCCACGCUCAGAUGGCGGAAAAUGAAGAAGAAGGCAGUGGCGGAGGUGAUGGUGGCAAUGAAGAGGAUUCCCCCUGCAAACACCAAAGCUGUGAACAGAAGGACUGCCCACCAAGCAGAACUUGGGACAUCAGCCUGGCCCAGCCUGAGAGCAUCCGCAGUGACCUGGAGAGCUCUGAUACACAGUCAGACGACGUGCCAGACAUCACCUCAGAUGAGUGCGGCUCCCCCCGCUCCCACACUGCAGUCUGCCCUUCCACCCCCAGAACCCAAGGUGCACCGAGCCCAAGUGCCCACAAAAGCCUCUCUGCCCCAGCCGAGGGACAGACUGUCUUGAAGUCAGAAGGCUCAGAAGCCAGAGUAUGAGGUGGAAUGAAUGCUCCUGUUGUGAGAAGCACACUUGUAACUGCAUCUUUUGGAAUCCUUUUGCGGGGGGUGAUGUGUUUUAUGUGUUUUAUCUUUGAAGAUUCUCUGGUCAGGUUUUCCCCAGGGAAAUUCUGAGAAAUUUGUAAUUUCUUACCAGAUAAAACAUACAAAAAUCUUACCCUUAGUCCCCCCCCACACACCUUUUUUAGUUUUAAUUUAUUGGUUAAACUGAUAUUGGCAUCUGUGAGGUGUGUCAAAGAGUGUACAUAUGUAUGUGUGUAUAUUGUAUGUAUGCUAACAUUACUGAAGGACACAUUUUAAUAAAGAUAUCUGUCAUAAUUCAACUCAUCUCAUUUUGCUUGGCUUGGAUAGUCCAACGGAGCCAAGUGUUCGAUUGAAACAAAACACUACAGUUUUGACAGUCUCUAGACCUGAGUUUUUCUAACCCCAGGCAAGAACAAUUGCAUUCAGAUAUAACUGCAGUGAUAUAAACCAGUGAAUCUCCUAACACGAUGGGAAGCAAAGCUGGGUUUGAUUUGGACUGUGUAGUCAGUCAGACCGAGGGAUUAUUAGCUGAGCCAGCUGACUAGGGAAGCAGCAGAUCACAACGAACUUCGUUUGCCCUCUAGAAGCAGCUGCAGUUUCCCUCUAAGAGCUUCCUUACUCUCUUCUGCAUUGUGAUCGCUCUUAUUCCUGUGCUGCAGAGGAGGAAAGGCCUGGCAGUCCCAGUAGCACUGAUGAAUUGCCUUAGUGAACGUUGUGCAGUCACAGGUUAGGGAACAGAACAGUCUCACUGAAAGGGGAGAUGCGCUGAUUCUGCAUGACCAUCAAGCAGUGACAUAAGUCUAACUGUGCUGUAAAGUACAUGCCCCCUGCUCCAAAAAGCUGUUCUGCCAGCCUAAUUUAAGAGGGACUAAGAAAUCUUAAAUUUAUAAUGAAAAGGGAAACCUGCCAUCAGAAUCUCUGGAUAUAUUUAGUUUUACCCGAUCUUACAGAUAAGAAUUGCACUAAAUUAGUACUUCUUGGGACUUUGGCACUGCCUAGAAUGUGCUUCCUUAUGAAAGUUCCUAUACAGAAUAGUAGGAAAAUUCAACAAAAAGCUCAUGAGACUUGAUGCAAGAUUGCAAGUCUGGCAGGAACUUACUUUGUGAUGGUAUGAAUCAGUUACUCUUUCAUGCCCCAAAUUUCCCCAACUCUUAAACCCCAGACUGUCACCUUAACCCCAGGCCCAGAGGAAGAAAACGUCUUUCCCUAAGGACAAGAUGGCUUUCUGUUUCCUUUCACAGAUGAACCUGCUUUUUGUCUUCCUGGCCUGUUUUACUUCGGUGAGGAUGAGGAGUCUGCACAACAGCCAGCACAGAAGAUUAUCUCUUGGGAAUAAGAAGACAUAAAGGAGAUUCUGGAUAUCCCCUAAGAAAGGAAGCCCAGAACACUGGCUAGGACAAAAACAAGUUUAUCUGGAUCUUAGCAGCACUGCUAUCACCUCCAAGGCAUUAGUAGCUGAAAAAGGUUCAUCAGCGCCACCUGGAGGAGAACAUGUGCAAUGCAUUGAGAAAGUUAAUUCUCUGCUGAGAAAAUGGGGAAAGUUUAAUUUCAUACGGCCUUCAUUCAUCCUGAAAUACCUAUCCUUUCAGCUGUGGGAUGGAGCAAUGAGGAAAACUCAAAAUUCUUGUCCCCUGGAAACUUAUAUGCUAUGGAAUAAGACAAUCACACACAGUCUGGAUGAGGCCACAUAUGCUAAGGAAACCAAGGAAAGAGGUCAAAGCUAAAGUGAGGAGGAGCAAAGUCAAGGAGACACAAGGCACAGCGCCAGCCUCCACCCAGCACUUCCUGCCUGUUCCACCUAAGAGGACAACAGGGCAAAGAGCCUUGCGUCUGGGAUGCAGCCUGGCACUCAGACUCUCCAGAUCUGCAGCCACCGUCCCGACCCAAGUCCAAGACCCCCUACACAGCCCGUCGCACUGGGACAAAUGAGCUGGACUUCAGACCCACCAGCCUUGGUUAAAGUGUGGUGAUGCCAAGGCCAGAAGCCACCAAAAGGAGGAAGACUGGAAGGGGCCAAUGGACAAGGCUGCGGGAGAGACCUCUGUUGCGCGCUCGGCCUGGGGCAUGGCCCCGAAGGGGCAGCAGGCGGCCCAAGAGAUCAGGAAGUCGCGGAUAAGCGGGAUAUUAGGAUGAAAAAGCAAGUCCUGGAUGGGUGAAGAAAGGUGACAGGGACAGUGAGGAUGAAGGCGAUAAGGAGGAGUCACAGAGUAGAGCCAUGUAGCAGAAAUCUUGGAGAAGGAAAACGAAGUGCACCUAGAAAACACACACACACCUCCCGCAUAUGAGUGGUGCUUAUCCGUGAAAGGAUGUGGGAUUUUGGGUAGUUCUGAUUUCUUCCUUAUGCUUUUCCUGUGUUUUCCCCCAGGUUUUCUACAAUGAGCUUUUUUUUUUUUUUUUUUUUU